CUUCCCUAAAACUUUCUCUUCGUGCAGAUAUUGCAUUGAUUGAUCGGGUGCAAGUUUACAUUUAUUCAACUAUUUAUAAAAACUUUUGUUUCAUUUAUAGACUUUUUGUGUGGAAAAAAUUGUUCACUUCCCGCAACUAUCAACAUGGCGUUAACUGAAAUCUUUUCUCGACGAGAAACGAGGAUUCUAGUUUUCAUAGCAAUUGUGGCUUGUGGAAUCGCUGCAGUAGAGUCUUUUUUCUGUUUAGAUCUGCUACUUGAGUCACCGCUGCUGAAGGCAAUGGUGCUGAAGGCGUUACGGUUUUUCCUGAGCCUGACCUUCACUGCCGGGCCUCAGGACUUCGACUCUGACCUCCCAGCGACAGGCGCCUACGACUUCAUCGUCGUUGGUGCGGGCGCCGCGGGAUGCGUGGUAGCGUCGCGCCUCUCGGAGACCAGCGCCCGGGUGCUGCUGCUGGAGGAAGGGAGGUCGGCUCGCCCAAAAAGCAAAGGAUAUGUAGCGAUCACAUCAGCAGAUCCCGCCGAUUUUCCUUUCAUCAACCACAACUUCUACGAUCAUCCAGACGACGUUAAACUGCAUGUGAAAGGCGUCAAAGAGUUGAAUCGCAUCAUGAAUUCCGAGGGAAUGAGGAAAAUACUGGCACCGCAACCGGAUUUGACGUUAAAGGCGUGCGAGCAUUUAGGCAGCAAGACCGACGGCUACUGGGAGUGCUACGCCCGCCACAUGGCGCUGCCCAACGAGCACUUCUGCUGCACCGCAAAAAUGGCACCGCCGACCGACCCAAUGGGCGUUGUGUCCCCCAGGCUCAGCGUGCGGGGAGUGUCAGGCCUUCGUGUCGUGGACGCCUCUGUGAUGCCGGAGGUGGUCUCAACCAACCCCAUGGCCACCGUUUACGUCAUUGCCGAGAAAGCCUCCGACAUCAUCAAGCAGGAUUGGUCACUUGAAAACACGAAAACAGCUCUAAAAUAAUAAAAUGCUAUUCAAAAACUGUUGCACACCAACUCAAUGUUAUUAUCCAGUAACCAAGGAUAAAUUUCCUCAUUCCAAAGAGUCAUUACGUAAAAAUGUGAUUCUUGAAGUAAAAUCGUUUUGGAAAAAAUCCAAAGGCCGAGAUAACAUAACAUAUAACAUAACAUAGUGGUGUUGGAGCUGAAGAGUAGGCCUGAUGUGGCCUAUCGUCGAUUCUUGUAA